CACUAGGUAUGCCCCCGUUCUCAUGAAACCCACCUUCUAUAUCCAUCGGGAUUACAUUUCACCAAACAUCUCACUUCUUUUGCUCAAAUUCCUCUCUCUCUCUCUUUAAGUUUGUUAUCUGUUGGUUGUUGGUUGGUCUGAGAAUCGGGUGUAAAGCUUUGUCAGGAAGGAAAUGGGCAGGAAGUGCUCACAUUGUGGGAACAUAGGCCACAAUUCGAGGACCUGCACCACUUUCAGAGGUACUACUGGCGGCGCCGGAGGCUGCGGCGGAAUUAGGCUCUUUGGUGUUCAGCUGCAACUCGACAUACCUUCUUCUUCGUCCUCGUCUGUUGCUGCUGCUAAUUAUAUGAAGAAGAGUUUCACCAUGAGUUGCUUGCCUUCUUCCUCGGCAUCGCCUUAUCCUUUGUCUUCUUCUCGAGUUUCUGUCGAUGAAAAUUCUGAUAAAAUAUCUUUCGGUUAUCUUUCCGAUGGUCUCAUGGUCCGAUCUCCCGAGAGGAAAAAGGGAGUUCCAUGGACGGAAGAGGAGCACAGAAUAUUUCUAGUAGGGCUUGAGAAGCUAGGUAAAGGAGACUGGAGAGGCAUCUCUAGAAACUUUGUUAAUACAAAAACUCCGACCCAAGUUGCAAGUCAUGCUCAAAAGUAUUUUCUCCGACAGGCAACUCUCAACAAGAAGAACCGACGUUCUAGCCUGUUCGACAUGUUUAGAAGCAGUAGCAUGGUCGGGCCCCCUCCUAGUCUCACGGUUCCUCGAUUCCAUUCACAUAUGUCGGACGAUGAUUCACAAACUAGAACAUCAAAUGCGGCACACUCCGAGUCUCCGAACGCGCGUGCCUGAUCUCGAGCUCACGCUUGCCGCCCCGAGGCCGGCUUUGGAAGAAAACAAGUCAUCCCGAACAACCCUGCUUAUCAGACCUAUCAGUGUUACUUGAUAAAGAUGAAAGGAACACAAUACUAUAGAAAUUAGCAGUGGUUAAUUAAUUAAUCCUUCCUUUGUUAAUCAUAAUUAGUAGAAUCUUCCUUUCA